CAAUAACGUGAGUUUCCUCCUGCUAUGGUUGCUAUGGCUGCAUGGUUGCUAUGGCUGAUUUGUUUCCAUGUCAACGGUAGUUGAAGAAAUAAAAAACUCCAAAUGGCAGAAACGGGCGAAAGUAAAAAAGAGGAGGCGGACUACAAGAGACUACACAGCUUUCCUCUCAUUAGGCACACAGACAUGCCGGAGGAGAUGAGAGUUGAAACCAUGGAGCUAUGUGUCACAGCCUGUGAAAAGUUUGCCACCAAUAAUGAGAGUGCAGCGAAGAUGAUAAAAGAGUCCAUGGAUAAGAAGUUUGGGAGUUCCUGGCAUGUGGUAAUCGGCGAGGGGUUUGGAUUUGAGGUGACUCAUGAAGUAAAGAAUCUGUUGUACAUGUUCUUCGGUGGCAGCCUGGCGGUGUGUGUGUGGAAAUGCUCCUAGCGCUGAUCUCAGUCCAGCCUCUUUCCUAUUCAUCCACACACUACCUAAUUUUAUAUAUUUAUAUACCUGUAUUCACAGUACUGUUUCAGCUAUGCAGAUCUUUUUCUACUUGACCUUUGUGUGCAUGUGUGUUUAUGUAACGUUUGUGUCUGAGAGAAAACCUGACCACCUUGUAUAGACCUUCUCUUCUACUGUAUUUUAUUUUUUUGCUAUUUUCCUUUGAAUGCAGGGGAUCAUAGUGGAGUCGAUGUAGACCUUUUACUCAGUCUCCACCUCCAGUAUUGACUAAUAAUUAUCUCAGUGAAUUAUAUGGACCGUUGUACACCAGGCUGAUGAAAAAUCGAUGACACACCGGCAGUGAGAAUUAAUUUUACGUCUAGUGGACAGAUUUAUAUAACAUUCUGUCAGUCUGUGUGCCACUGCAUAGCACUGCUGUAGUAAUUGAACCCAGCAUGAUUUUUAAAGUGCAGUUUGUAACGUGUAAUUGUUUCUUGACCUGUAACAAUCACGUCAUUUGAAAGAUACCUUAGAAAAACUGUGAUUUGCAGCAAUGGCAUGGAGUGGAUUGGCUAGUGUCUUUCUCUCAGGCGUUUUGUUUACACUUUUCUGGCCCGGAAAUAAGCUCCACCCCUAGCCAGAUCAGAGCUGCUCAGGUCUGCCCCCAUUUUAUGCCUUAGGAGGUAGCAGAGGGCUCUAAAAAUUACAAACUGCUCCUUUCAGAAUAUAUUCUGUGUGUCGGUGUGAGAGAGAAGUGUUUAUCUUCUUGUACCUCCACGUCAGAUGUCUUUUUAAAAAUACAUCUAUCGCAUUUAGUAAUGCUCAUUAAUUUUUCCUCUUCAUUUUGCCUGCCAUGCAAUGUUUCGAAGAGCUUCCUCCGUUUUUUCUUGAUUUAUUUUCUUGUUUGUUUCACCUUUAUCUCCCUCUCUCUUUUCUUUACUAAACCAGCAUUUCUAUCAAGUGUGCCAUGUUGGUUAACUUGAAUACAAAUGUAAAUCUUUUUAAAUAAAUAAUGUCAGUAUU